UUUGCUCUCACUGGCUAACUCGUGGCUUACGUUUUCCCUUCACAAACCUUCUGCUAGUCUGUGUUUUUGAGAAAUUAGAGUUGAUUCAUCCAGUGAAGCCGUCAUAGUAUUUCAUAUCUCAAGGCGUUACGUUUUAUAUCUUACCUUUCAAUGUAAAAGUUUUUCGUUCAUUUCCCAAAAUGGCUGGAGUUUUUGACAUCGAUAUCAACGAUUUGGAUGGAAACAACGUGGAGCUUGACGGAGAGUCUGAUGACGACGUGAUUGAAGUUGAACAAGACCAGCUUGUUGACAAGGAACCAUUCCUGCUUCCAUCUUCCUAUAUGGACUCGCCAGAUGUUGAGGCUGUUCAGAUUUCUGAGACUACAGUAAACCCUGGUGCAGAAAAAACAGGGCCUCAGGAUUUUGAACUGAGACGUGUAUUGGGGAGGGGUGGUUAUGGCAAAGUCUUCCAAGUGAGAAAGCUGACAGGCAAGGAUUCUGGCCACAUUUUUGCCAUGAAGGUUUUGAAGAAAGCUACAAUUGUGCGCAAUCAAAAAGACACAGCACACACCAAAGCAGAGAGAAAUAUAUUGGAGGCAGUCAAGCAUCCAUUCAUUGUCGACCUUAUUUAUGCCUUUCAAACCGGAGGAAAACUUUAUCUAAUAUUGGAGUAUCUAAGUGGAGGUGAAUUGUUUAUGCAUCUUGAACGUGAAGGAAUAUUUAUGGAGGACACAGCAAGCUUCUAUCUAGCAGAAAUCAUUCUUGCUUUAGAGCAUCUCCAUUGCCAAGGCAUCAUCUAUCGUGAUUUGAAACCUGAGAAUAUCUUAUUGGAUGCACACGGCCACGUCAAAUUGACCGAUUUUGGUUUAUGCAAAGAAUCUGUUGAAGACGGAGGCGUAACGCACACAUUUUGUGGAACGAUCGAAUACAUGGCUCCGGAGAUUUUGACGAGGAGUGGCCACGGAAAAGCAGUAGAUUGGUGGUCUCUUGGCGCCCUUAUGUAUGAUAUGUUGACUGGAGCGCCCCCAUUUACGGCUGAAAAUCGAAAGAAAACCAUCGAGAAAAUCCUGAAGGGAAAAUUGAACCUUCCCCCUUAUUUAACGCCAGACGCCCGUGAUUUGAUUCGCAGGCUGUUAAAGAGAGGUGUUGUUUCGCGCCUGGGUAGUACAGUAGCAGACGGCGAGCCCGUACGAAUGCACCCAUUUUUCAAGACGAUUGACUGGAAUGAAGUGGCUUGUCGCAGACUGGAACCGCCCUUUAAACCUUGCCUUGCUAGUGCCGACGACGUGUCUCAAUUCGAUACCCGUUUCACCAAGCAGACACCGAUCGAUUCGCCUGACGAUUCCACUCUCAGUGAGAGUGCCAAUAUGGUUUUCCACGGAUUUACUUAUGUUGCACCGUCUGUUCUGGAGGAGAUGCAUCGACCGCAAGUGAUAAAGGCGCGAUCACCUCGCAAAGGAAUUUUCUCCCAAGCUCAUAGUAUGACGACUCCUUUCGGCGGACAUCGCCAGCCAUUGGCAGAAACGGCCGAACCAUCCAAUGGAGUUGCGUGUUCCAGGACUACUGGAUUCUAUUUGAAUCCUAUUGCGUCGCAACAGUUGCCACAAGAGUACAUUGAUGUCGAAGAAAUGGUUUGGCAUGACGAGUCGCCGUCCAUUUCGGCGGCGACUAUUCCCGGGUCCAGUCAGCACUUCUAUCCCAGCAAUUUUCCGCUACCGCCGCAUUUAUGAUGCGACAGUGUGUUUUUUUGUUUUUUGUUUUUUUUUCGCCUUCGCGAUAGAUCAAUAGUUUCACUGGACUAUUAUUACAACUAUUACUAAUUCUAUUACUACGCUAGAUAUAAAUUGGGUCUCAACCUCGGCUCAUUUCCCUCCCAACGCCCAUGCGAAGCCAAAAUGCAAAAGAAUAAGAAUUCAACGAGCUGUGAAAUUUGUAUAGUUCAUAAUAGCCAAUAAUCUGUUUUCCUCUUUCCUCUUGGAUUUUUUCUUCGGGUAGCCCUUUUGGUGAUCCCUACAAGAGACACCCUUUACCUACGUAUAUUACAUUUCUCUUUCCCUGCCCCUUAACCCUAAAUUCCUUUAUCUAGCAACGUGACCCAUUCAAAGCUGCGUUUUUUCCCCCUUUUUUUAAACUUUCCUCUUUAUCUUGUUUUAGGUUUCCAAGUUUUUUCAUCGAUUUAUUCCUUACUUUUGUCAUCUAGGUCUUUUUUCUUCCUAAAUUUUCGGUUGCUCUUAUUGCUACCUACCCAAAUUAACACUUUUUUUUCGCCCUCUUUAUUCAGUGCCUUAAGUAAAAGCGAGAUAACUUUAAAACAUAUUCCUUUUAUAACACAUCUUGCAAACAAAAAUCGAUCGUCUUUUUGUUCGUCUCCCAAAUAAAAAACGUGAGCUUCAGGAUGGACGAAUUAGGCCCAGAAAGGAUCAGGACUAUGAAAGAUGUCCAUUUUGGUUAUAUUACUCAAAAGAGAAGAAAAUUUACAUUAAACAUAGGAAUAAUAAUCAUAAUAAUUCAAUAGGAGCUAAAAGAAAUUGGAGGUGGGAACGUGACGAUCUCUUCGUCGCUAAUGUUUUUUCUCCCCCUAACUCCGCCCCCAUACCCCCCAAUUUUUUUUCACUUUAAUUUAUCCAACAUUUUUCUUUUUCAAGCGUGUCGUGAUUUGUUUGUUAUAUCGUCCCGAAUUACUUCCCUCAUUCUUCAUUUUUCGUAUUUUUUUUUCUCUCCUUCCUGUUCGUCGACUUUACAACUCCAGAAAGCUCAAAAAUGACUUCCCACCCGAUAUGGAACUUCUUGUGUUGGUGUCGGUUCAAUGUUGAACAUGCAGUGGUUAGGGGGAUACACGAACAUAUCGAAUGCCCCAUUUAAAAUGCUUGGAAGCGAUUACCUAAUUAUUUUCAUUUGCAUCCUUUUUUUCUUUUCUAUUUAGAUUACGAAAAAAUAUCCGUUAAUUUGAAAAGUCAAAUAGUUCAGGCGACCAGCGCUUUCAUGUCUCUCCUCCAGCAACUAACAUUUCGCGACUUGAUGAUUUGCGAAGAUGUACAGAUUUUGACACAUCAAUUUCUUCUCCCUUCAUUUUCCUUACUUGAUAUGUGGACGCGCUGAAUAUCCAUUUUUUGUUAAUUUGCCUCGUGAAGAGUGUCGUUUAUUGUUUUCCUUUUUUUUUUAUUAACGAAAGCGCUUUCGCGAUAGAGAAAACACAAAUAGAAAACGAGAGGAAAAGCGUCGGAGGGUGCAGUUGGAGAUGACGAAAAGAUUAGAUUGUAAAACAAGCAAAACAUUUUCUUUUUCCUUUUGUGCGUCUGUAUGUGUGCAAAUUCUUGUCCGUCUUUGCCUCUCCCCGAUAAGAAAUCAAUUCCCCCCAUUGUAUACGUGUUAUAAUUUUUUUUUUUCUCUUUUUUCAAUGACGCAAAUAAACGGUAUGGAGAGCAA